AUGAGAAGAUGUGGUCCAACACCAGCUUCGACUAUCUUCGUCGCUUACGCUCCAACAUCAAGCUACGAAGAAGAAGAAGUCGAAGCUUUCUAUAUGGAUCUGGAGAAGUUCUACCGAGAAGAUCAUGCCUUCUACAAUUUCAUAAUUGGCGAUUUCAACGCCAAAGUUGGCCCAAGAAGAACGCCGGAGGAACUUCACAUCGGGACCCACAGCCUACAAUGGAACGACCAGGGGGAGAGGCUCUGCGAGUUCAUCAUGACGACUAAGACCAUCCAUGGGAACUCGCAAUUCCAGAAGCCCUCCUCUCUACGCUGGACGUGGGAGUCACCCGGUGGAGGGUACCGUAAUGAAAUAGACCACAUCAUCGUCAAUAAAAGGUUCUGCCUGACGGACUUCGCUGUUGUACCAAAGUUCUAUGCGGGAUCGGACCAUCGCCUCCUCCGAGGAAGAUUUUCUUUCACAAGGAGAGCAAAGAAAGUCGCCAAGUUGAGAGGGAGAAGUCCCAGAACUGUCAUCAACUGGGAUCUCUUCGCUACGUUAGCCGGCUUUUGGGAAGAUUCCGCAAUAGACAACAUCGACGAGGAAUAUGUGCGGUUCGUGAACACCUUCACGACUGCGCGAAGAAGGCUGAGAGUUCUAAAACCACCAAGAGACGCCUGUCUCUUCAAACUCUUGAGCUGA